CACCCACCUUGUAUUCAAAUUCAAGAUAUCAAAAUCCUCAUUUCCCAAAAUUAUCCAUUUUCACUUUGUGGAUGCAUUCAGGUAAAUAAAUCGACAGAGAAGGGAAAAAAUGGAGACAAGAAAGAAUAAUAAUAAAAAAGAGGUGAUACGAUUGGAGCGAGAAUCGGUCAUUCCAAUCCUCAAGCCUAAGCUCACCGUGCACCUGGCCAACCUCCUUGAGCAAACUUCUGAUCGCGCUGAAUUUCUGAAACUCUGUAAGAGAGUUGAGUACACAAUUCGAGCUUGGUAUCUUCUACAAUUUGAGGAUCUCAUGCAAUUGUACUCCCUCUUUGAUCCUGUGCAUGGGGCUCAGAAGUUGGAGCAGCAGAACUUAUCUCCAGACAAAGUUGACAUUCUCGAACAGAAUUUUUUGACGUACUUAUUUCAGGUGAUGGAAAAGAGCAAUUUUAAGAUAGCAUCUGAUGAAGAGAUUGAAAUUGCACAGUCAGGGCAAUAUCUUCUCAAUCUUCCCAUCACAGUUGAUGAAUCUAAGCUUGAUAAGAAGCUUCUGAAGAGAUAUUUUGAGGAGCAUCCUCGUGAAAACCUUCCAGACUUUUCUGAUAAGUAUGUUAUCUUUCGACGUGGAAUCGGUAUUGAUAUGACAACUGAUUAUUUUUUCCUGGAGAAAGUGGAUGUGAUCAUUGCACGUUUGUGGGCUUGGAUUUUGAGAAAGACCAGGUUAGAAAGGGUUUUGUAUAGUAGAUCAAGUUCAUUGCGUAAGAAGGAUCCAGAAAAGGACGAUGAAAUCACUUCUGAGGCUGAACAAGAUGUACUAUAUGCUGAACGUGUUCGUAUUGAGAAAAUGGAGCUAAGUCUAAGCAAUCUACUUAGCAAAAUCACUAUCGAAGAACCUACCUUUGAUAGGAUAAUUGUUGUUUACAGGAAAGCAAGUUCCCAGACAAAAGCUGAACGUGGGAUAUAUCUGAAGCAUUUCAAAAACAUCCCGAUGGCUGAUAUGGAAAUUGUCCUUCCAGAGAAAAAAAAUCCAAGUUUGACUCCUAUGGACUGGGUCAAAUUUCUUAUCUCUGCUGUAGUUGGAUUGGUAGCUGUUAUGGGUUCAGUUGAAAAACCUAAAGCUGAUCUCUGGGUCAUGUUUGCUAUUCUCUCCACAGUGAUUGGUUAUAUUGCUAAGACAUACUUCACGUUUCAACAGAACAUGGCUACAUAUCAGAACCUGAUCACUCAGUCAAUGUAUGACAAACAAUUAGAUAGUGGACGGGGCACUCUUCUUCACUUGUGUGAUGAUGUAAUUCAACAAGAAGUAAAGGAGGUGAUAAUUUCAUUCUUUAUAUUAAUGGAGCAGGGGAAAGCUACUGUGGAGGAUCUUGACCAUCGAUGUGAGGAUCUAAUAUAUGAUGAGUUCGGUGAACAGUGCAACUUUGAUGUUGAUGAUGCUGUCUAUAAAUUAGAGAAAUUAGGCAUUGUUUCUCGGGAUUCAUUUGGAAGGUAUUUCUGUGUCGGUCUCAAGCAUGCAAACGAGAUAAUUGGCAUGACCACUGAAGAAGUUGUCAUGAAGGCUGCACAGUUCUCUGGUGCCUCCUGACAGAUCAUAGACAUUUCAACAGAGCCACCUUAGAUCCAGGAGAGAAUUACGGCUUUGAUUUUUUCUUUUCUUCUUUGAGAUUGGCUAGUUGAUACAAAAGUAUCAAGUUGGGUUCUGGGUCAUAAUGCAAAUUUUGUGCCUGAAAAAUCCAAGUUGUGCUUUCUCAAUAUGUACUACUUACUACUAACUCGUGAGUUUCAAUAUCAUUCAAAAUAUUGUUUCAA